ACAGGCCAUUUUAAAGUAAAACCGGUGAAGUCGUGACAGAAAAAGAUUUCUCAGCUUCUUGGUUGUGUUUAUUAAUUCUAACUCCAUCUGCUGCACAGACGCUGAAGCAGUUCUUCAUGGUUUCCUGGGUUUGGGGCCUUUCAGGUACCAGGACUCGUCGUGCUGCAUGGCCUCGGUGGCUGCGAGGUUCUGGGGUCCGUCCGUUUGCUGCUCGCAAUCCAAACUCUCAGGAACUAGCAGCUUGAAACUGGGAAGAGGCCGCUCUCUUCCGCCCAUGUCAUCUGGCUGGAGAUGUUCAGGAGUGUCGGGUCUCGGGGGCGGAGCCGUGUCUCCGGGGCCCGUGGUGGUGGAGGUGGCAGAGCCGGGUACCGGUGAGGGCCACAGGGAGCUGUUCGAGGCCUGUCGGAGCGGAGACCUGGAGCGGGUUCGGAAACUGGUGACGGCCGAGAACGUGAACAGCAGAGACACGGCGGGCCGGAAAUCCACGCCGCUGCACUUCGCUGCAGUUAAAGUGUGUGUGUGUGUGUGUGUAGUGUUGUUGCAGCACGAUGCUGAGCCGACCAUCAGGAACACCGACGGUCGAACCGCUCUAGAUCUCGCUGAUGCGUCCGCCAAAGCAGUCCUGACAGGUGAGCUGGACCUCACGGGGACAUUUGCAGGUGUUAGAACUCACCUGUUUGUGACGAAGUUUGGACGAGGCGGUCACGCCCCCGUCUCGAUAAAUUCGUCAACGCCGCUACACCUCGCCGCUGGUUACAACCGUGUGAAGACGGUGCAGCUGUUACUGCAGCACGGUGCUGACGUACACGCCAAGGAUAAGGGGGACCUGGUUCCUCUUCAUAACGCCUGUUCGUACGGCCACUACAAGGUCAUUGAGCUGCUGGUGAAGCACGGCGCCUGCGUGAACGCCAUGGACCUGUGGCAGUUCACGCCUCUGCAUGAAGCUGCUUCCAAGAACCACGUUGAGGUGUGCUCUCUGCUGCUGAGCUACGGCGCCAACCCCACCUUCCUGAACUGUUACAAUAAAAGCUCCAUCGACCUUGCUCCAACCGCACAGCUGAAGGAGCAGCUCACCUAUGAGUUCAGAGGUCACAGCCUGCUGCAGGCGGCGAGGGACGCCGACAUGGUUCAAGUGAAGAAGCAUCUGAGCAUGGAGACCAUCAGCUUCAAACACCCGCACACUCAGGAGACGGCGCUGCAUUGUGCGUCUGCCUCUCGGUACCCAAAGAGGAAGCAAGUAUGUGAAGUUCUGCUGAGGAAGGGCGCCAACGUCAACGAGAAGACUAAAGACCUGCAGACCCCGCUCCACGUGGCAUCAGAGAAAGCCCACAACGAUGUCAUUGAGGUUCUGGUGAAACAUGAAGCGAAGGUGAACGCGGUAGAUCAUCUUGGCCAAACGGCGCUGCAUCGAGCCGCUCGCUGCGGCCACCUGCAGACCUGCAGGCUGCUGACCACCGGCUGCGACCCGCUGCUCACGUCGCUGCAGGGAUUGUCACCGUCACAGCUGGGCAACGAGAGCGUGCAGGAGAUACUGCAAGAAGGAUUUUUGAUCGGGAACUCUGAAGUCGACCGACAGCUGCUAGAAGCGUCCAAAUCUGGAGAUGUGGACGUCGUCAAGAGGCUCUGCACAGCACAGAACGUGAACUGCAGGGACGUGGAGGGUCGGCAGUCCACGCCGCUGCAUUUUGCUGCCGGCUACAACCGUCUGGCAGUCGUCCAGUUCCUGCUGCAGCACGGAGCCGACGUCCACGCCAAGGAUAAAGGCGGUUUGGUUCCUCUCCAUAACGCCUGUUCCUACGGUCAUUAUGAAGUCGCAGAGCUGCUCGUUCUUCACGGCGCCGUGGUCAACGUGGCUGACCUCUGGAAGUUCACACCGCUGCACGAAGCUGCCGCCAAAGGCAAAUACGAUAUCUGCAAACUCCUGCUGCAGCAUGGCGCCGACCCAACCCGGAAAAACCGGGACAGUAACACCCCUCUGGAUCUGGUGAAAGAUGCCGACACGGACAUCCAGGACCUCCUGCGGGGUGACGCCGCCCUGCUGGACGCCGCCAAGAAAGGCUGCCUGACUCGAGUGAAGAAACUCUGUACUCGAGACAACGUUAACUGUCGAGACCAACACGGGAGGCACUCCACGCCGCUGCACUUGGCCGGUACAUAAAUACACACACCUGAAACA